CUUAACCCUAGAUUCUUGCCCUUUCUCUUUCGCUCAAACAAACGUUGAAUCCUGAAUUACAGACAAUUGUGGAGCUAACACUAAUUCUUCUCAACUACGAAGCAGAUAUUCGUUCAAUCAGCGAUAUCAUAUAGGUAUGGAUGAUAGAUGGUUCAAUAGUAGGCCAGAUAUGCGCAUGAGAGAUAGACGCCAGCAAGAAAUGGAAGAGGCUGAUGAGGCUUCUGUUCUUGAGGAUCUCACUGAAGAUUUUCGCCUUCCUAUUAACCAUAGACCAACGGAAAACGUAGACCUGGAAAAUGUGGAACAAGCAUCUUUAGAUACGCAGUUGACAUCCUCUAACAUUGGAUUCAGGCUUCUUCAGAAGAUGGGUUGGAAAGGGAAGGGACUUGGGAAAAAUGAGCAAGGAAUUACUGAGCCAAUAAAAUCAGGGAUGCGAGACCCAAAGUUGGGGAUCGGAAAGCAAGAGGAAGAUGAUUUUUUUACAGCAGAAGAAAAUAUUCAAAGACGUAAGCUUGAUAUUGAACUUGAGGAGACUGAAGAACUUGCCAAAAAACGGGAGGUUUUAGCAGAACGCGAGCACAAAAUUGAAACGGACGUGAAGGAAAUACGCAAGACUUUCUUUUGUGAGCUGUGCAACAAGCAAUAUAAAUUAGCAAUGGAGUUUGAAGCUCACCUAAGUUCAUAUGAUCAUAAUCACAGGAAGCGCUUCAAGGAAAUGAGAGAAAUGCAUGGAAGUAGCCGGGAUGAUAGGCAGAAAAGAGAGCAGCAACGUCAAGAGAGGGAGAUGGCAAAAUUCACCCAAAUGGCUGCCAAUAAGAAGCAGCAAGAACAGCAAACACCAGAGGAAGCAGGAAACAUUCCAGCCCCUUCCAUGGUUAGAACUGCAACUGCUCUAGCAGAUCAAGAUCAGAGGAAGACUUUGAAGUUCGGAUUUUCUGCGAAAGGAGGCUCGUCAAAGGUGACAACCUCGGUUAACAAAUCUGUGAAGAAGCCAAAAGUAACUGUUGCAUCCGUCUUCAGCAAUGAAAGUGACGAGGAGUAACAGUGCAUCUACACAAGCCUGAUGUCGGUGAAGACUGAUGAAUGAUAGAUACUGAAACUGAAUGCAUUUUCUGUUGUUGGUGUAUUAUGUUGAGUUGUACAUUGUAAUCCUUUUUAAGCAUUUAUUUGCUGUC